UGUAAAUCUUAACAGCCUUGGCUUCGAGUGUGGAUUAAGUGAACAUGAAAAAGAAUUCAUAUUCCUUCGUGCACGCGCUAAUGGAUUGACUGUAUGUGGAUGUGUACAUGCAGCAUUCUUGUGCAAACUUGCAUAUUCAUUGAGCAUAAUGACCCAACACACCUCCAGGCGGUGUAAGGGCUAUUUGUCCAAGAAGGAGGGUGAUGAAGUGCUGCAUCAGAUGACCUGGCAUCCACAAUCACCCGACCUCAACCCAAUUGAGAUGGUUUGGGAUGAGUUGGAUCGCAGAGUGAAGGAAAAGCAGCCAAGAAGUGCUCAGCAUAUGUGGGAACUCCUUCAAGACUGUUGGAAAAGCAUUUCUCAUGAAGCUGGUUGAGAGAAUGCGAAGAGUUUGUAAAGCUGUCAUCAAGGCAAAGGGUGGCUACUUCGAAAAAUCUCAAAUCUAAAAUAUAUUUUGAUUUGUUUAACACUUUGAUUUGUUUAACACUUACUACUUGAUUCCAUAUGUGUAAUUUCAUAGUUUUUAUGUCUUCACUAUUAUUCUACAAUGUAGAAAAUAGUAAAAAUAAAGAAAAACCUUUGAAUGAGUAGGUGUGUUCAAACUUUUGUCUGGUACUGUAUAUAUGAGAUAGUCUAACAGUAAAAUCCAUUUUAUUUUUUGUUGAGAAAGCAUUGGCCUACCAAGACAAAUUGAAGACAUAGAUAUGGUUUUACUGCCAUCAAAUAUAUCUAAAAAAGGAAAAGGUCUGACUGUUGGUGUGCUUGGAGGGGGACACAUUGGAAAACAGCUGGUCCAAGUGCUUCUUGAAAAGAAUGGCCUAAAACCGUCACAAAUCAACAUUUCCUCAAGGAGGCCUGAAACUCUGGAGGAAUUUGUGAAAAGGGGUAUCAUGUGUUACUUUGACAACCAGCGAUUGGUGGCCUGGGCAGAUGUGCUGUUCCUCUGUUGCCUUCCCUCUCACCUAUCCAAGGUGUGUGCAGAGCUCCAAUCCCACCUACCAAAGCACUGUCUGGUGUACAGCUUCCUCUCUGCCGUACCAUUAAACAGAUUGGCACAGCUUCUUGGUCACAGCUUCAUUCUCAAACCACAGUAUGAGUUUGUGGCUUGUGACUCUGUCAACAUGUGGCUUUCCCGAGGUCAUGUGACCGAGGCUUUGAAAGACCCAGAAGUAAUAGAUGCAUCCUGUCCUCUUGCCAUGAGAGGUGGGCUCUGUCUGGAUCCAAAGUGGCUGUUUGGGUUGUUGUACAGUCUCUUGAACAUGUGCACCGCGGCAAAUGUGGGAUCCGCUGAAGCUCUUGGGCUGAUCAAUGAGCUGUUCCAGUUAAAAGGUCCAGGCACUGUGGCAUUCAUCCUGAAUAAUUUUGUCCAUUCCUCCUAUGCAUCUUCCCUGACACCAGAUGAGUCUUUCCCCUGGAUUAAUUUAGUUGAUGUUCAGUCUAAGGAGACACCAUUAUCAUGCUUCAUAUCAAGAAAUAACAGUAUGCAGGGUUGUCUCUCUGCUCUAUACAAUUCAGUAAUGGUGGAUCCACUGAAGGGAAAGAAAGAGCCUGGAAAACCCGAAGAUGGAACUCUGUCUGUCAUAACAUCGUCAUUGUAAAAAAUCUGAUUUUGUGUGAUGUUGAUUUACUCUCAAACUGUAACAGAAUAAAACAAAGGGAUUGAGUAUG